AUGCCUCAAAUCCCCUCAUCCCGGGAUCUCAUUAAAUCUGCAGAUUCCCCGUUGUUGUCACCCUCCGACUCCGACGACCCGACGACACCAUUAAUGGAUCCCGCCGACACGCCGCAGAAGAGCUACUGGCGAUGGAGCAAACAGGACUUUUUCCCCGAGCCCUCUUUCCAGAACUGCUCCGCUUACAGAGCAGCGCUCUCCCAGACCGGCCGCCGUUUCAAGGAGCGGCUCCUCUCGCGUUCCUCCGACGACAACGAGCUCGUCAAUCUCCGCCGGGAGAGCCAGAACCCUAUGUCCAAGUGCCUCACCUGGUGGGACCUCAUGUGGAUGAGCUUCGGCUCCGUCGUCGGCUCCGGAAUCUUCGUUAUCACCGGCCAGGAAGCUCGUAAUCACGCCGGCCCUUCAAUCGUCCUCUCCUACGCCGUCUCUGGGCUCUCUGCCUUACUCUCCGUGCUCUGCUACACGGAAUUCGCCGUGGAGGUUCCCGUCGCAGGUGGGUCUUUCUCCUUUCUUCGAAUUGAAUUGGGUGACUUCGUUGCUUUCCUCGCCGCUGGGAAUAUUCUUCUGGAAGGGAUUGUUGGUGCUGCUGGGUUAGGAAGGUCUUGGUCAUCUUAUUUCGCCAGCAUGUUCAAUUCCAAUAAUCCUGAUUUCUUGCGGAUUAGAAUUGAAGGGUUUGCUGAGGGUUUCAAUCUAUUAGAUCCUUUGGCUUUUAUUGUCCUGUGGGUGGCAAAUACAAUUGCAAUGACUGGCACAAAGAGGACAUCUUUACUCAACUGGAUUAGCUCCAUUGUCAGUGCUCUUAUGAUCGUUUUCAUUAUAAUUGUCGGGUUCAUCCAUGGCAAGACCUCGAAUUUGACCCCAUUUUUCCCCUAUGGAGCUGAGGGAGUGUUCAAUGCUGCAGCAGUAGUGUACUGGUCUUACACAGGGUUCGAUAUGGUAGCUACCAUGGCAGAGGAGACCAAGAAACCUUCGAGGGAUAUCCCGAUAGGAUUGGUCGGAUCAAUGUCCAUGAUCACAGUGGUGUAUUGCUUGAUGGCUCUAGUACUCACCAUGAUGGUGAACUAUACUAGAAUCGAUCCAGAUGCUGCUUACUCAGUCGCAUUUGCCCAAAUAGGGAUGAACUGGGGGAAGUACUUGGUGAGCAUAUGUGCAUUGAAAGGGAUGACCACUAGCUUGCUUGUUGGAUCACUAGGACAGGGGAGGUACACCACUCAGAUAGCUAGAUCACACAUGAUCCCUCCGUGGUUUGCUCUGGUUCAUCCAAAGACCGGGACCCCAAUCUACGCCACUCUUCUAAUCACCACUCUGAGCUCCAUCGUUGCUCUCUUCUCCAGCUUGGACGUGUUAUCAUCUGUCUUCUCGUUCAGCACUCUCCUCAUCUUCAUGCUCAUGGCUGUUGCUCUGCUGGUGCGGCGAUACUACGUGAGUGGAGUUAGUACGAGGAGUAGUUUGGUCAAGUUUGUCGCGUGCUUGUGCACCAUUAUUGGUUCUGCCAUCGGAGUGACUGUGUUUUGGAGCACUAGUAAGGGGGGAUAUGUUGGUUAUGUGGUGGGAGUGGUGGUUUGGUUCUUGGGGACUUUGGGGUUGGCUCUGCUGCCAAAGCAAAGAGCGGCGAAGGUGUGGGGAGUUCCAGUGGUGCCAUGGUUGCCCGCUCUGUCAAUAGGGAUGAAUGUGUUUCUGAUUGGGUCUUUAGGGUAUGUGGCGUUCCUAAGGUUCUUCAUCUGCAGCGGCGUGAUGGUGUUGUACUACUUGUUUGUUGGUGUUCAUGCGACUCAUGAUAUGGCUAAUCAGAAACUAGGGGAAACGAAUGUUGCUUUGGGUUGA